AUGUCAACCGAUCUAUCAACUGCAUCAGAGGGCCCGUUUGUGGCUGCUUUCGCACAGGCGAACGAAGGAGAUGUUUCCCCCAACACAGCUGGCGCGCGUUGCAUCGACACUGGAAAGCCCUGUGAUUUGGUGCAUAGCAUCUGUGAUGGGCAUGCAAGCACUUGUAUUGCUUUCGGACCCGGCCGAGAUAUGUUUGAAAGUACCAAGAUUAUCGCGUCAAAACAAAUGCAGAAAGCUUGGGAGUUAUUCACCACGGCAUCCGAGGAGCUUACAGGCCCCGUAUCUUUUGUUCACCAAUUUGUGGAUAUGACCAAUAUCAGUGUUCGCUAUCAGGGAAGAGCGGGUUUCACUUGUAAACCUGCAAUGGGCUACAGUUUUGCCGCAGGGACCACGGACGGUCCUGGGGACUUCAACUUUGAACAAGGUACUACUGAGGGGAGUGUGUUGUGGAACAUGGUUCGAUCAUUCCUCAAGACACCGAGUGCCCAAUUGGAAGAGUGUCAUAAACCAAAACCAAUACUCUUUGCAACUGGAGAGAUUGACCAUCCUUUGCCGUGGCAGCCUGCAAUUGUGGAAACUCAGAUACUCCGCAUCGGUCAAUUGCUCAUCGUCGCUUUGCCCGGAGAGUUCACCACCAUGUCGGGCAGACGCAUUCGCAAUGCAGUGGAAAAGAUCGCAUCGCCGCACUCCAACAUCCACAUUGCGCUAGCCGGGCUAUCUAACGUCUACUCCAGUUACGUCGCAACGCCGGAAGAAUACAUGCUUCAAAGAUACGAGGGUGCGUCUACAAUCUAUGGACCACUGACCCUACCGGCCUACGUCCAACAGUACGAAAAACUUGCAUCCGCUUUAUUGCAGAAUCAAUCUCUGCCUCCUGGCCCCAGGCCCCCGAACUAUCUGGACGAAGUCACCCAGUUGUUGCCACCUGUCCUACUGGACACUGUACCCUGGGGUCACAAAUUCGGUGACGUCAUGCUUCAACCGAAUAGUGUAUACGACAAGAUCGACGACGUUGUGACGGUUCGCUUUCACAGUGCUAAUCCUCGGAAUAAUCUGAGACAAAACGAUACAUUUCUCAAGGUGGAACUCUACGACAACAACACCAACACAUGGACCACUCGCUUCACCGAUGCAAACUGGGAAACGAAGUGA